AUGUUACACCUACUUUCAAAAUUUCUAAUUAUCUCUUACAGGUUGUUUGUUCAUAGUUCAAAUAGCUUUCAAAAUCACCAAAAACAUCCAUGUAUUUUGAUCUCACUAAUAUAAAUGCUAUGGUAGAAAAUUUUUAGCGCAAAGAUGUUUUGCAAAGCCUAUCUUUACAAGACAUAGCUCUUCUUUUAGAAGUUGAUUUUGUUUUAUUCAGAUAGUAACUUUAAAAGGAUUUACUAGCCCAAGCACAUAACUUAAUUUUGGAUAUUAAAUCUUAUGACGAAAAGGAGCACUUAAAGGGUUUAAAGAUGGUAUUUAAGGCAUUUAGAAUUAUUCGUGCAAGUCCCAGUAAGAAUUCUUAAUACAUACAGCACUUAAUAGAAGUACUUCCAAUUGAAGUUCUUAAUUAUGUUAUGA